AUGAAGAGUGUCGAAGAAAAUGAUGCCAGCAAUGGCGGAGCAGAAGGUGGUGUCAAAGAUGAAACGGAUGACGGCUUCAAAUCAUCCGGUGGUGGACAAGAAGAAAAGGAACGCAUUAAAGCUCAAAUGGCACCACAAAAAGGUGGUCCUGCUCAAGGAUUUUCUGCAAAAGGUGAACGUUUGGUACACGAUCCAGUCACUGGCGGAAAAGUCAAGAUUGCUGAUGAUACCAAAAAUGCAGAUACAGAUCCAUUGAGAUUGGACAGUCGUUAUGCAGGCGGUUAUUCAACAAACAAAGUUGACGCCAAAUCCAAUCAUGAAUCUCAUCAUGUAAACCCUAAACCUGCCGAACCCACAAACAUCAACUUGCAAACCUUCCCUGACCCUAUUGAUGAUGGAACGUUGAAGAACAUCUUGAGCAACUUUGGCACACUCUACAUCUCUCUUGGUGGUGCUUUGGCUGUCACUUGGUUCUUUGUCGCUUUUGGUGCAGGUUGGUGGCGCUUCUUCUUGCGUACGGCUAUCUUGAUCGGCGUGGGAAUUGGAGGUGCAUCAGCUUUGGGUAUUGCCAGUCGCAAAAUCGAGAAAGAAUUGGACAACAUUCGUAUGCAUAUGCACACCCAAAGAGGCAAAGAUAAUUCACCUCCUUUUCCUGAAUCCGUUGAAUGGCUGAAUGCUGCAAUUGCAGUAGUUUGGAAACAAAUCAAUCCUGAAAUGUUCAUCCCAAUGGUCGAUCAAGUAGAAGAUAUUAUGCAACAAAGUUUACCCGGUAUCGUUGAUGCAGUCAAGAUUAGUGAUGUCGGCCACGGAACCAAUCCUUUCCGUUUUAUCGCUUUCCGUGGUUUGGCUGAUGUGAUGGGUGACCCAAAAUACCCUCGUGACGAAUGGAUCACCCAAGGUAAGAAGGUUGAACCUACUGAUCAAGAAAAGAAGGAAAUGCAACAAGCAAACAAAGAAAAAGUCGAAGGAGACGAAGACGGUGAUGGUGUUCCAGAUGAAGAUGAAGCCGGUGAUUUCUUGUGUUAUGAAAUCUCCUUUUCAUACAGUGCUGAGCCCGGCAAGAAGACCAAGAACGAUUACAUCCAUCUCCUCUUGACUUUCUUCAUCGGUAAUGAUCUCGUUCGUUUGCCAUUCAAUGUCUGGGCCCAAGUGGAAAAGAUUUCAGGUACAAUCCGUUUGCGUGCUCAAAUGGUGCAAAGUCCUCCUUAUAUCCGUAAUUUGACUUUCUCAUUGAUGGGUGUUCCUAACAUUGAAGUCAGUGUCAUCCCAAUGACGCGAGCAUUACCCAACGUUUUGGACCUUCCUCUCAUUUCCGGUUUCGUCAAGAGUUCAAUUGCUGCUGCAGCAAAUGAGUAUGUCGCACCAAAAUCAAUGACUAUGAACAUGGCUCAAAUGUUAUCCGGAGAUGGAAUCAAGAAGGACACCGAUGCAAUGGGUGUUUUGGUCGUUCAUAUCAAAUACGGUGAAGAUCUUUCAGCUCAAGAUGCAAACGGUAAAUCUGAUCCAUAUGUGGUUUUGUCAUUCGCAAAAUUCGGUAGACCUCUUUAUUCUUCAAGAAUCAUCUUUGAAGAUUUGAACCCUAAUUGGAACGAAAGCGCUCAUCUUUUGGUCACAAAGGAGGAUCUUCGAAGUGAUGAAAUGUUGAGUGUGCAACUUUGGGAUUCCGAUAAGCGAACGGCAGAUGAUAUCGUUGGUCGUGUUCAACGUAGAAUUGGUGAAUUGAUCAAAGGUGAAACUCUUAACCAAUUCCACGAAUUUGAAGAUAGUCUGAUGGGUUUCGAAGAUGCAGACACGAUGCAAGGUAAAUUGGUCUGGCGUGUUGGAUUCUUUGAAAAGGCAAAAUUGAACCGUGCUUUGAUGCAAAAGGAUGACGACAAAACUGAAGAUGGCAAUAAGAAGACCGAAGAACAAUCUCAAGCUGAAAAAGAAGCAAACGAACGCAAGGCAACUUCUGUUGAUUCUGCUGAAGAAACUGAUGCUCUUCACUGUCCUCCCGAUCCAAAAUGGCCUUGUGGUAUUUUGAGCGUUCAUGUUCAUCAUAUUGUUGGCUUGGAACGUCGUGAUGUCGAAAAGGGUGUUAUGGGUAAAGAACGUGAAGGUACACAAGGUCAAGAUGUUUCCGCUUCAGGUGAGACACCAGAACAUCUUCCAAGCGGUUACUGUGAAAUGAUUGUCAACGAUGAUAUCAUCUUCAAAACUCGUGUCAAGCCUUAUACCAAUAUGCCAUUCUACGAAGCCGGUACGGAAGUCUUCAUUCGUGAUUGGACAAAGUCUUCAGUUCGUGUUUGUGUUCGUGAUGCACGUAUGCGUGAACAUGACCCAAUCAUGGGUAUCGUCGAUUUGAAGGUUUCGGAUCUUUUCAGCAAGAGUUCUCAAACAUCCGGUCUUUACAGUCUUCAAGAUGGUGUCGGUUUCGGUCGUGUUCAAUGCAGCUUCGUCUUCAAGGCUGUCAAAUUGGAUUACCCAAAGAACAUGUUGGGCUGGGAUACUGCAACGGUUGAAUUGUUGUCCAACAUCGAAUUGGAAGCUGAUGGCGAAUGGGAUGCUAAGCUCAAGAAACAAAAGAUCACAGUCACAACUGGAGACGAUACACAAAAACUUACCGCAAUCGAUAGACAACCCUCGAUGAGUGGUGAUUCUGACGAACCGUUGGCAAGAUUACCUGUCUACGACAGAUACUCAAGUCAAUUAGCCUUCACGAUCGGUGGAGGUGGUCUAAACCCUUUGAACGCCAAACCAGAUGCAGUUGCAAUCGUUUCUUUGUGUGAUCUUGUUGAUGAUGAAGAAACAGAUUUAGAAAUUCCAAUCUUGGCCGGUAGCAACUUAGGUACCCUUUUGCGUAACCACAUCGAUGACUUCACCGCAAGAACUCACAAAUACGAGCGUGUAGGAACUUUACGUGUCAAGGUUCGUGUCGAUUCAGGAUUGGAUUUGGAUCACGAGAAGCUAGCAGUCGGACAAACAGAUCGCCAUCGUUUCGAAGUUUACAACAGAUUAGAAGGCAUGCCAAAGCUUGCCGAACAGAACUCACAUGCAGCCGAUGACGGUGUGAUUGACAAGCAAGAACAGAAAUCAAUCGAUCGCGCCAAGCGUGAAGCUUUGCAUGCUCGUCAUCGUGGUGUGAUGGGUUACAGUGCCGUUCGCGGUGGUGUUUGGGCAAAGGACGGUGUAAAGGAAAGAAUGCGUAAAGCAAGUUAUAAGAUGUUGGGUAAGAAAGAACGUGAUCAAACUGUAAAGAGUGAAGUUUGA